AUGCAGGAGAGUAUACAAAGCGCGCACAGAUGGCGACACCUCCCACCGCCUCCGGGAUUCAGCAACACACCAGUGCGUCAUGCCAGUGCCCCGAGCAAGGCCUCGACGGCUGUCUCGGCGAACUAUGAGACGUUGAAGGACAAACGAGCAUGGGAUUUCGCCAUCUCCCCAGCAAAGUCACUGCCCAUGCAAGCAUUCAUGCUUUACAUGUCGGGAGGUGGUGUUCAGAUUUUCAGCAUGGGCAUCGUCUUCAUGUUGCUCUUGAGCCCGUUUAAGAACCUUGCAGGGGUUAACAGCGCCUUCGCACCGUUUGCGCCUGUGCCCACCGGGAAGAAGGCCGCCCCCAAUCCGGGAGCCCUAACGACACUGGUUCUGCAGAAGGUCGUCUAUCUCCUAUGCAAUCUGCUCACUUUGGCACUCGGGCUCUGGAAAUGCCAUUCUAUGGGAUUGCUGCCAACAGGGACUGGGGACUGGCUUGCAUUCGAGACGCGUAGCCAGCCCCCAGAGUUUGUACUGCUGUAG